UUGCAUGUAAACUCCUAAUGAAUCAUUCCAACAUGGCGCCCGCCGGAGUGAAUACGAUGCGAUGGGACCUCACUGCAGAAGACAUUGUCUCCAUGACAGACGGUCUCAUAGCCGAGACCAAGGCAGUCUACGACGCCGUGGGAGCUCUCAAACCUGAAGAAGUCACUUUUGAGAACUCUCUUAAGGCUAUCGCUGACAGCGAUGUGGCGUACACGAACCUCCGCAACAAUCUGGACUUCCCGCAGAACGUGUCUCCUGACAAGGUCAUCCGCGACGCCAGCACUGAGGCCGACAAGAAACUGUCAGAGUUCGAUGUGGAGAUCAGCAUGCGUCAGGAUGUGCACGAUGUACUGGAGACCUUACAGAAGAGUGACAAGUCAGCAAACCUCUCGCCUGAGUUCAAACGUUACCUGGAGAAGCUCAUCAAGUAUGGCAGGAGGAACGGUCUCCACCUUCCCAAAGAAACCCAGGAAGAGAUAAAGAAGAUUAAGAAACGACAGAGUGACUUGUGCAUUGACUUCAAUAAGAACCUGAAUGAAGAGAAAACUGUCUUGGAGUUUAAGAAGGAAGACUUAGCUGGUUUGCCUGAUGACUUUGUAGACAGCUUGGAGAAGACAGAUGCAGGGCUGUAUAAGAUGACCCUACAGUACCCUCACUACUUCCCCUGUAUGAAGAAGGCCAGGGUCCCAUCCACACGACAGAGGAUGGAGAAGGCUUUCCAGUCCAGGUGCCUUAAAGAGAACACACCUAUCUUAGAAGAACUGGUGGAACUAAGGCAGAAGAAAGCAUCCCUGCUUGGUUACCCCACCCAUGCUGCCUUUAUCACGGAAAUGCGCAUGUCCAAAACGGACAAGGCCGUGGCCUCCUUCCUAAGCGAACUCGGGGAGAAGAUGAAACCUCUGGGCAAGGAGGAGAUGGAGAUCUUCCUGAAGUACAAGAAGGAAGAGUGUGAAAAGUACAAGUUUGAGUUUGACAACAAGAUCACAGGUCCCGACUUCCGCUACUACAUGAACAUGGUGGAAGAGAAGCAGUAUGCUGUGGACCACCAGAAACUCAAGGAGUACUUCCCUAUGGAGGUGGUCACUAAAGGCCUGCUGGAUAUAUAUCAGGAACUGUUAGGCCUGAAGUUUGAACAGAUAGAGAACCCUGCCGUGUGGAAUGAUGAUGUAACCCUGUACGAUGUGGUUGACGUAAAGUCGGGUGCGUUGCUUGGACAGUUCUACUUAGAUCUGUACCCUCGAGAGGGCAAGUUCUCGCAUGCCGCCUGCUUUGGCCUGCAACCUGGUUGUUUGCUGCCAGAUGGAAGCAGACAGAAAUCCAUUGCAGCGAUGGUUGCCAACUUCACCAAGCCCACAGCUGACCGACCAUCACUAUUACUGCAUGAAGAGGUGGAGACCUUUUUCCAUGAGUUUGGUCAUGUGAUGCAUCAGAUCUGUGCUCAAACUGACUUGGCACAUUUCAGUGGCACAAACGUGGAGCGUGACUUUGUGGAGGCUCCAUCCCAGAUGCUGGAGAACUGGUGCUGGGAGAAGGAGCCUCUCCGCCGCAUGUCCAAACACUACAAGGACGGGUCGGACCUGCCCGACCACAUGAUCGAGACGCUGGUCAAGGCCAGGAACGCCAACGCAGGCGUGUUCAACCUGAGGCAGAUACUGCUGGGAACAUUCGAUCAGAACAUCCAUACAAGGGAGAAGGCUGACACUGCUGCCAUCUUCAGUGAGCUGUCUACUAAAAUCUUGGGAGUGACACCAACGCCAGGGACCAACAUGCCCGCCACGUUUGGACAUCUCGCCGGUGGCUAUGAUGCACAGUACUACGGCUACCUGUGGAGUGAGGUGUACUGUAUGGACAUGUUCUACAGUCGCUUUAGGAAGGAAGGCAUCAUGAACCCUGCCGUAGGGAAGGACUACAGGGACAAGAUCCUCAAGCCUGGCGGAUCCAUUGAUGCUGCAGACAUGCUGAGGAACUUCCUGGGUCGAGAGCCAAAGCAAGAGGCUUUCCUCAUCAGCAAAGGGCUGAAAGUCUAGCGCCUUACCAUUUACAUUGAAUAGUAGUGGAGUCAGCAUUCUACUGGAAAUACUGUAUUUACACUAAUAACCUCACACUUCCAAUACCACUCAGGGAAUCAGCCUUGUGACCUGCAUAUUGGCACACUAAAGGGGUAUUUUGAAUCACAAAAUACUGGAUGAAUUCAAUUCUAAUUCCAUUACAACAUGUGUGUGUUUAUUAGGAUGAAGAUAGUACUUUCCUAUAUAAACUUUAGUACUGGUGUUAUUGUGAUGAAGAUGUCAAGGUUAUGGGUGAUUUAAGUUGUCUCAAAUUUAUAUUGAGUACAAAACCAAGAGAAUUGAUUAUUGCAUAUAAAACCAAGAGUACUAAAUGAAAUAUUUCCAAGACAGUACAGGUGAAGGGACUACAUGCAAUUCUUAGAUGCCUUUGCAAUUCAAAGGGAAAUGUAGAAGAAACAUUUCAAACUUCAUAUUCAAAGUGUGCUCCCUCGGCCUUCUUACAAAGGAGGGGCAUUUUUUUCAGCAAAAAAAAAAGAAAGUAUGUGACGGUGUAGUAUUGUAUUUGGUACUUGGCAUUUGUAUUGCGGCCCCUAUGUAUAGGACCUGUUCAUCUACAUGAAUGCAACCUGAGUGUGUGGUGGCAUAGGAUAACUAAAGUUGAGUGUUUGUUUCGGACCUGUUGUACACAUUCGUGAGUAUUUUUCCUUAUGCACAGCAUAUUCUUUCGUAAGUGUUUCAAAGCAUGAAUAAAUGCGAUAUGCAAGGAAGUAGAAA